CGCGCUGGUUAAAAAGAAGGAGGAAAGAGCACGGGAAAACAUGUGAGCGCUCAGAGGACUUUAGUGGGACACAACUUUUUAUUUUCUGAUGUUGUUUUGUCUUGUGCGUGCUGAGACUGCCGCGCUGCGCCACAGAGGGAUGACUUCUGAGAGGAACGUCUCUUGGUUUUGACUUUUUUACUUCACCAGGAUACUUUUUUAUUGUCGUUUUGUUUUUGUUGUCCUGUAAACAGAAGAAACACUAAUUUAUUUUUGAAACACUUCUCAUUGUAAUCUAAUUAAAUCUGUUCAUCAACAACUUAGUACUGAUUUUUUAGAUUCAUAAAUAUUAUAACUACAGCCAAGAAACUACUAUACGUUUUUGUUUAGUAAGAGAGGAAACACUUUUUAGUGUUUUGUUUAUUUAUUUUUUUUUAUUUCAGUUGCGUGCUUUUUUUAAACUAUGAAGCAUUUGCAAUUUGUGCUCGUGCUGGCCAUCGCGGUCAACGUGUGGGAAUGUGGAGACGCAAAGUUCGGUGAGAGAGGAGAAAUAAGCCCCAGGAGGAGAAGAUGUUACGACGGAAGCUCGCCCAAGCGGCUGAAGAAAAGAGAGCGGAAAGUGCUGCUUGACAGCAGCAGCAGCGACGUUUGCCACAGGUUGUAUCCCCGCGUGUCCUGCUGUCCCACCAGGAGAGCCGCCUAUCAGAUCCUCCACCGCAAGGAUGCCAGGAUUUUCUCCACUAACAACACAGAGUGUGGACGCAUUCUGGAGGAGAUCAAGUGCGCUCGCUGCUCCCCCAAUGCCCAGGUGUUGUUCCACUCGUUGGACAUGGACAGAAUGCCACACAGAGAGCCAGACCUGCCACAGCUCUGCCAGAACUUCUGCCGCGAGUUCUAUUACACCUGCAGGGGGCACAUACCAGAGCUGUUCCAAGCAGACGUGGAUGAGUUCUGCCAAUACUACGGGAGGAAAGGUUCUGGAUUAUGCUUUCCAGAUUUUUUACGAAGGCAACUUGUUGGGCAAGAUUCCAACUACUUGGAAGAUGAGAAAACAGAGGAUAUCAGUAGGAAACACAAACACAACUGCUACUGUGCUCAGGAGGUGUUGAGUGGUUUGAGGCAGCCGGUGGCUGUUGCUCACUGUGGCGAUGGCUCUCAGCGGCUCUUUGUCCUGGAGAGAGAGGGAAUCGUCAGGAUACUCGAUCACAACCUGGAACUUAUCAAGGAGCCCUUCUUAGAUAUCCACAAGCUGGUGCAGAACGGCCUGAAGAGUGGUGAUGAAAGGGGCCUGCUAAGCCUGGCAUUCCACCCCAAUUACAAGAAGAAUGGCAAACUCUACGUCUCCUACACCACCAACCAAGAGCGCUGGGCCAGUGGACCUCACGACCACAUUCUCCGUGUGGUUGAAUACACUGUUUCACGCAAAAACCCAAACCAAGUAGACACCAGGACCGUCCGUGUGCUUAUGGAGGUAGCCGAGCUGCACAGGAAACACCUCGGGGGCCAGCUUCUGUUUAGCCCUGAGGGACUGCUGCACAUCAUUCUGGGAGAUGGAAUGAUCACCCUGGAUGAUAUGGAGGAAAUGGAUGGACUCAGUGAUUUCACAGGGUCCAUCCUCAGAGUAGACGUGGACACAGAAAUCUGUUCGUCUCCCUAUUCCAUACCACGGGACAAUCCAUACUUUAACAGCACCAAUCAGCCGCCUGAAAUUUUCGCGCAUGGAUUACGUGACCCAGGCAGGUGUGCAGUGGAUCAACUUCAGUCAGAUAAUGGGAGCCUUGUUAUCCUCUGCACAGACGCCAGCGGCAAAAACACAUCUGCUGGAAGGAUAUUGGAAAUAACCAAAGGGAAGGAUUAUGAACAUGAACCCUCUAUCUAUGACCUGCAGUCCAGUGGAGGGGCUCCACCUGUGGGGGCCUUCAUCUAUAGGGGGUGCCAGUCUAGAAGACUUCAUGGCAGUUACGUGUUUGGAGACAAAAAUGGGAACCUGCGGAUCCUACAGAAGUCUGCAUUCGGGACAUCCUCCAGUGGCGAACUGUGGCAGGAAAAGCCUCUGUGUUUGGGUUCUGCCAGUUCCUGUGGUUCUGUCCUUGUUGGACACAUCUUGGGCUUUGGAGAAGAUGAACUGGGUGAAGUCUACAUACUAGCCAGCAGUAAGAGCAUGUCACAGUCACAAAGUGGGAGACUCUACAAGCUGAUAGACCCUAAAAGGCCUCAUGCCCCCAAGGAGUGCCAGCGUCAGCUGCAGCCUCCAGAGCUACUGAUGACAGCGUGUUCCAGAUACUGCAAAAAUGGACUUUGCACGCCUACUAGCAAGUGUUGCUGCAGCCCAGGCUGGGAGGGGCCCUUCUGCCGUAUAGCCAAAUGUGAGCCAGCCUGCCGCAACGGAGGAGUGUGCGUGGAGCCCAACAAGUGCAUGUGUAAGAGCGGCUACUCUGGAAGUCAGUGUGAGAAAAGUGAGCAGGGCAUGCCCAACGACCAGGAGAAAGACGGCAUCCUGGAUCACAUCAUCGACAUGACCUCAUAUCUCAUAGACCUGACCAGCUACAUCGUAUAGGAGUGUGGGGGGGAGAGCUGCUCUCCACCGUCGUCCUCACAUUGACACAAAUCUACCUAUCACCACCAGCAGGCUCUAAAUAAGGUGUUCUCAAUGAGGCUGUUUAAUCCCCCUCAACUAAACUAACACACACAAACAGAAUUCCCCAUCCGACUGCGACGGAUCCACACACAGAAAUCUCCCUCUUUCCAUCUAUAAGCUAUCUGCUCUCGAGCACCAGGACUGGUAUCCAAGCCGUGUUCACAUUUCAGAGACCUGAAGAUCCUUCACAGCUGGCUUCAGAGCAGCAGGAACUCUACAGAAAAAGGCCGUUUGACCCAAGACUUUGGUCUUUUCUCAAGCUACCUGCUGCCUUUUGUAAAAUACUUCAAAACCACAAGUCAAAUGUGUUUGUUGAUUCUGCAGAAUCAAAACUUUGAGUCCUCUGGCGUUUGGAGUACUAAUUCAUCCUUAUAGUCUAUAUAAACCCAUUCAAUAAAUGUCUACAUACACAAACAAGGAAGGAAGACGGGUCAAGGGUCACAUUGAGCCUACAUGUUGUCUCAUCUAUGAUGUUGUGUUUAGUUUGUGGGCACAUAGUCAUAAUGAAAUCAAUUUAAAGAUGCUGGAGUUCUUUUUUUAGCAACAUUCACCUGAAAUCAGAGUAAACAAGCGUAGGACUGUGUUGAAGCUGAUUUCACUCUUCCAUUAUGGAGUUUCUGGCUUUAGUGCAUUGUAUUGAUUUCAUCCCUAAAAAUGAAUUUAAACAACAGCAGUUUGACUUUCACACACACACACACACACACACACACACACACACACACACACACACACACACACACACACACGCACACACACGCACACACACACACACGCACACACACACACACACACACACACACACACACCACAUUAUCAUAGAUAAGGCUCAGCAAACUCCUUUUAUUUUGUCACACACACUGAAACUACAACCCAAACUUAAAUCUACAAAGGGAAAAACCAUCACAGUGAUGUACAUUUGCAAUAGAGCUUCACUAAGUACUACUUAGCUUUGCAAAAAAAGGAAGAAAAUCUAGCAUUACUAUUAUUAUCAUAGAGGAGGGUCUAUUUUUUUAAGCGUAAUAAUAUAUGGGAGAAUAUGGUGUUUAUAGAAGGCAGUUUUACACUAAGCUUUGUCAGGUCGUGUCAUUUCAUGUUGUACUUUAUAUAUAUAUAUAUAUAUAUAUAUAUAUAUAUAUAUAUAUAUAUAUAUAUAUAUAUAUAUAUAUAACCUUAAAAAAUACAUGUGUGACUUUUUGUUUCUUUACUUUUUUCUUUUCUUUCUAAUGCAUGUCUGUGCCUGCAUCAAGUAAUUCAGGGCAGUUGGGGGAGUCAGUCUAACUCCUUCCUCUGACGUACGGUUAUAUUAGCGCUGUCAAAAAUGUGUCUCUGUUGUGAGAUGAUCAAAGAUCGGGUCGGGCCUCUAAGUCACCGUGGAAGCGGCUCACAGUCGGAGGAAGAUUUUGUCCUUGAAGGGUGGCUUUCAGAUUAACCUAAGGAGGAAAAAAACAAAAGAUCAGACUAAUGACUCCUGCACAUCGUCAGAAAAUAGUUGAACGCAGCUGGAGAUGUCAGGAGUGUGUGAGUUGCCAGAACAAGACAAAAACACACACACACACAACGUUAUUCUCUUCCACCAUGAAUUCAAUUAUCUGCCAUUUUUUAGGAUUUGUAAGACCAACCUUUUCCUCCUCUGCAUUCAUCUUACGAAGCAGGUUUCAGGCACUUUUCUUAAUGAACGUUCAGCAUCCAUAAAUGUCCUUUGUCUCUUGCUUUUCUCAGCUCUGCCUGAUUUUAUCUUUCAAAAAAGGAAUUCAUGCUGUAAAAUGGAAAAUCAAUUUUCUUUAGCACUUAAUGUGAAAGUUGCAUUUGUAGCUGCUGAGACGGUGUGGUGUGAAUAGAAUAACCCUUUACAUUAUUUAAGUAGUUACACAAAUAAAAUAAUUAUUUAAGUUCUCUAUUUUUUUUUACCAUUGUACUGUAUGUGACAUUUUUUAUUCAUGUAUUGUAAAUAAAGCUAGGGAUAACGCUGUUUUUCUUCAAAAAUAUCAAUAUGUCUAUUAAAAUUUAUAGCAUGUCUUAA